AUGCGCUUCCUUUGCCUUCAUGGGAAUGGGUCUAGUGCCCGCAUCUUUGACACUCAGCUGUCCGCCCUGCAAAGGGCUCUGGGGUCGAGGUACGAAUUUGUCUUCAUUCAGGGAGAGUUUCCGUCCGACCCUGGACUAGGCGUGGACGGGAUGUAUCCUGGUCCAUACUAUUCUCCCUUUGACCUCCCCACCAAGGACCAGCUGAGCGACGCUCAUGCCUUGAUCGACGAAGCCUGGGAGUCGGACGGACCCUUUGACGGGCUUGUUGGUUUCUCGCAGGGUGGCAGUACGAUGGCAUCUUAUUUGCUCCAGCCAGAAACUGCCAGAAAGCCGUUUAAGUGUGCCGUGUUUUUCUGCUCCAACCUGCCGUUUGAUCCCAUGUCGUCUCCUUGGAAAUUCGUCGACAAGGAUCACUUCGUGGAUGCCACCACUGGGGAGGAAAUCUCCGCCGAUGACUUGAUGCGUUCUAUUCCCGAAGUGAAGCUAUUUGACACCUCUCGUUACCCCACUCUGAGAGAUGAGCUUCUUCUGAGACGAUACACUGUUGGUCAGGGAGACACAAUUCAAAUUGAUCUUCCCACUGUUCAUGUAUAUGCGUCCAAUGAUUCUUGGUACUAUGAGCAGUGCAUCGCCACGGAAAAGCUCUGCCAGGAGGUAAACAGGGAAACCGUGCUACACAAAGGAGGGCACUCGGUUCCUUGGGAUGCAGGAACCACGACGGAAAUUGUCGAUUGUAUUCAAAAUAUGCAGCAAGCGGUGGAUCUAGCAUAG